CGUUUGUCUCCUCGUUAUCCGGAAGUGAUUCAGCGUUCGCUCGGGCUUCGGCGAUGGAUGCUGCAAGGAGGCCGCAGUCGUGGUAAGCCUCGAGAAUGGUGAGGCAGGGGAAGUGCUGAAUUGGCGCCUGGGAUCAGUGAUGGACUGGAUGUGGGCCAAUAAAGUGAAGCUCAAUCCUGACAAGACUGAGGUCCUGUUGACGUGUUGGAUCCUAGACUGAUGGCGUCAGGCACAGCGAGCCGCUCUGAAGACGAAGAGUCUCUGGCUGGACAGAAAAGGAGCUCCUCACAGGUUUCUGGUGCCAUUCCAAAACGGCGCAGUUCUUCCAGGUUCAUCAAGCGGAAGAAGUUUGAUGAUGAAUUGGUAGAGAGCAGCCUGGCCAAAUCAUCCAGCCGGGCCAAGGGCCCUAGCGGGGUAGAGCCUGGGCGCUGCUCAGGCAGUGAGCCCUCUUCCAGCGAGAAAAAAAAGGUGUCCAAAUCUAUCUCCGCACCUGUCACUCCGAGCCCAGCUCCAAAUCCUAGCCUUGCCAAACGGAUGAAGAAAAGCAAGCAGCCCUUGCAGGUCACCAAAGAUUUGGGCCGCUGGAAACCCACCGAUGAUCUCCUGCUCAUCAAUGCUGUCCUUCAGACAAAUGACUUGACCUCUGUGCACCUGGGGGUGAAGUUCAGCUGUCGCUUCAACUUGAGAGAAAUCCAAGAGAGAUGGUAUGCUCUGCUCUACGACCCUGUGAUCUCCAAGCUCUCCUGCCAGGCCAUGCGGCAGCUGCAUCCUGAAGCCAUUGCCUCUAUUCAGAGCAAAGUACUGUUCAGCAAAGCAGAAGAGCAGCUGCUGAGCAAAGUGGGAUCGACCAGCCAGCCCACCCUGGAUACCUUCCAAGACCUGCUGCACAAACACCCAGAGGUUUUCUACCCCUCUCGCACAGCCAAAGUGCUCCAGACACAUUGGCAACUCAUGAAGCAGUAUUACCUCCUGGAUGAUCAGACAGUUCAGCCACUACCUAAAGGGGACCAAGUGCUCAACUUCUCUGAUGCUGAAGACAUGAUAGAUGACAGCAAACUGAAAGAUGUACGAGAUGAGGUCUUGGAGCAUGAGUUGACUGUGGCAGACCGAAGACAGAAGCGUGAAAUUCGGCAGUUGGAGCAAGAGCUACACAAAUGGCAGGUUCUGGUGGACAGUAUAACUGGAAUAAGCUCCCCUGAUUUUGAUAACCAGACAUUAGCAGUGCUGCGUGGAAGGAUGGUGCGUUACCUCAUGCGCUCUCGGGAGAUCACACUUGGUAGAGCCACCAAAGACAAUCAGAUUGAUGUGGAUCUAGCAUUGGAGGGACCGGCCUGGAAAAUAUCCCGCAAGCAAGGGGUCAUCAAGCUGAAGAACAAUGGUGACUUUUUCCUAGCCAAUGAAGGCCGACGGCCCAUUUAUGUUGAUGGGCGCCCUGUCCUCUGUGGGAACAAAUGGAAACUCAGCAACAAUUCUGUGGUUGAGAUUGCUAGUUUACGCUUUGUCUUUCUCAUCAACCAAGACCUGAUUGCUCUUAUCAAAGCGGAGGCUGCCAAAAUUGGCCAGCCCUGAAGCUUGGAUCAUACCAAAGGGGUCAGUGGACCUGGAAUGUGGGUUUCCCUGCCCCUUUCCCUCUGCCAGCAGGGAUUAUCAUCACACUCUCUACAGAAGAUGCCACUUCGUACAGUCUGCCUUUCCCUUGGCCAGGACUGAACCCUCUCAGUGGCCUUUUCUUUUGAAGAUGAGGAGGGGCUUUGCUUCAUCAGCUGGAAGCUAUUAUAUGGGAAAGCCAGGACUGAACAGAGAUCUCUGACUGACAGAAGCAUCUUGUUGGGUGUCCCGUGAAGGAGCUUUGCUGUUCCUGCUACCAAUGCUAAUGGGCCUGUUGUGUGUGGUUCUCUGUAGGACAACGGAGUGACUCGCUCCUCCAUGGAGGAUUCAGAGAUAGGAAACUGGGGGAGGAGUAAGUGUCAAGUAAGCUAAUAAAAUAGUUAUCAGUCA